CCUGCGCACCUCUGCGGCCAUGGACGACUACGACGCGGACGCCUACGAUGCCGGCGGUUACGGCCUGGAGGACGACUGCAACGCCGGAGGCAACGGCAACGACGACCUUUUUAGCGGCGGCGGUGGAACCCGGGACUUCCUGUCCAUGGGCCCGGGGUCGUCCUCCGACGGUGGGUACGGCGGCUUAUCGGCCGGCGCCUACCCCCACAGCGGAUCGAGCAGCCUACGGCCGAGACGCCUCCACUUCGACGGCCUCGACCUCAACGCGGAGCACGGGUGGUCGGAGGUGCAAGACCUUCUCCACGGUGACGAGGUCCAGGGAAGUGACCGUCCUCGUCCCAUUCGUGUUCCUCCACGGGGCCAGAACCGAACCCUCGGCCUGCGCGGGCCACGCAGCGUCCGCGGAGGAGGCCGAGCCGGGGCCAGCGGUCGCCGCAGAUCAGGCACCAGUGGAGGGACCGCACCUCCAUAUGCACAAGGUGGCGGGUCUGCACCCUUUGGCGCCGCAGACCUGCCUGCAGGGUGCCGUCCCCCUCGACAUGAAACGUCGGCAUCCGACGAAGCAACCAGAGGCGGUGGCCGUCACCGUCGUCGUGCCGUGCAGGCCGACACCAACAGGGCUGCAUGGAGUCCAGAACAUACCCAAGCCUUUUGCCGUAUUUACUGCAGCCAAAUCGAUAACGGAAACUGCGUGAGGGGUGUGAUGAACAAGUAUGGGUGGAAAGAGAUCCAGUCUAGAUUCUAUGCCGCCACUGGGUUUUGGCAUGACAGAGAGCAGUUUGGGAACAGAUAUAGGCAGCUCAGGGGUUUGUGGCAGUUCAUACAGCAACUGCGCACUGAUUCAGGGCUUGGCCGCCGACCGGAUGGAUCUGUUGUUGCCACAGAGGCUUGGUGGAAAGCGAACACAAUGGGCCAUCCUGAGUGGAAAAAACUGCAGUCCGGUUGGCCUAUUUACCUUGACGAGUUGGACCGCAUGUUCAUGGGUGUUGCCGUUGAUGGGUCGAGUUCAUAUGUGCCUGGAGAUGAGGAUCCUGUGGACGUCACCCCAAAUAAUGAAGAGGAAGAUUCAGAGGACGAUCAUGGCCUCCAGACCCCGUAGAGCACAGGAAGCAAU